GUCAGGGGAGGAUUCACACACAACCGGAUAAAUAUCACAGUCCAGUCAUGUUUCAGACAUUUUAAGUGUUGCUACUGAACCGAUGAGGAAAAUGUUUCUCAGAUUAGUUUUGCUCUGUUUGUGUUUGUGGCGUCUGGAUGGUGUGUUCGGUGAUGUUGAAGUGAAGUCAGUGAAGGAGGGAGAUUCAGUCACUCUAAACUCUGAUCUUACUGAAAUGAAGAAUGAUGAUGUGAUUCAGUGGAAGUUUGUAAACACUUUAAUAGCUGAAAUCAAUGUAACGGCCAACAGCUUCACUGUAUAUGAUGAUGAUGAAUUUGAUGAGACAUUCAGAGACAGACUGAAGCUGGACAAUCAAACUGGAUCUCUGACCAUCACAAACAUCAGAAUUGGAAAUGCUGGAUAUUAUAGACUAUAUUAUAAUUCCAAUAGUGUGAGCAAGAUAUUUCUUAUCACUGUCUUUGUUGGAAUAUCAGCGAAGGAGGGAGAUUCAAUCACUCUAAACACUGAUUUUAUUUAUAUGAUGGAAUUUGAUGUGAUUCAGUGGAAGUUUGGAGAUGAAGACACUUUAUUAGCUGUAGUCAAUGAAAUGGACGACGGAACCGCUGUUCAUGAUGAUGUUCUUGAUGGGAGAUUCAGAGACAGACUGAAGAUGCACAAAAAAACUGGAUCUCUGACCAUCACAGACGUCACAACUAAACAUGCUGGAGUUUAUAAACUACAGAUAAUUGGAAGAAACUAUCCGAAGACAUUCAGAGUUUCUGUCAGUGAUGAAGUGAAAGUGUCAGUGAAGGAGGGAGAUUCAGUCGCUCUAAAAACUGGUCUUACUGAAAUAAAGGAUCAGAUCAUCUGUCUGUGGACAUUUGGACCGAACAAAUCACUCAUAGCUAAACUCAAUAGAAAGCUCCGUGAGAUCUUUCUAUAUAGUGGUCCUGAUGGGAGAUUCAGAGACAGACUGAAUCUGGAUCAGACUGGAUCUCUGACCAUCACAAACAUCACAACUGAACAUGCUGGACUGUAUGAACGAACCAUCAGCGGAAACAGAGAGAUCAGAUACAGAUUCAGUGUUUCUGUCUCUGGAAUCUGAGGUGACGGAGGAGACGUACACGUGUUUCAGAUCAGAACAAUGAUCAAACUCUGUGAUUCUGUUUCUCACUAAUGAACAACUGCAUCUGUCUUUACAAUCUAUUACUGUUUCAAAUACAAUCUUAUUUGUUUUCUCAUUUA